AUGGUGCUGUGUUCUUUCUCUUUUGCUUCUUUCUGGUCCAGCCGUGGAAAGACAUGUCCAAAUGCGUCAUGGCACCAGAAUCUCGACAUGGUGAUGGUGCCAGAAGCGUCCAGUACGAAGCCCAAAACGAAGCUGCAAUUUACAGGUCCCUUGCAGGCCAAAUUACGGCCCGGCUUAGCGCUGCCCAUCACAGUUUCCGCUGCAAUCGACCCCUUUUUUGCCCGCCACAGCGCUCUCGAUCCCGCGGCGGCUGCUACAGUCACUAGAAGUACAGCAGAACCCCGCCUCCACAAGCCUCCAACUGCAACUCGUUUUGCGUGUUUGUUUUCUGCUGAGCACGGCACAUGCAUCAUGGCGUCCUACUCGACUGAUCCCGCGCUGUACAUCUACACCUCCCUGACUGCGGGCUCCUCACACAUCGUCACCGCGACCUCACGCCUCGAGACGAUCCUGCGCGCCAACAAAGUCCCGUUCAAGGCCAUCGACAUCGCCACCGAUGACAAGGCGCGCAUGCUUUGGGGCCGCCGAGCCGGCAAGGACGAGAAUGGCAGGGCGAGGAAGUUUCCGGCGCUGGUGCAGGAGGGGCUGGUUCUAGGGGAUAUCGUGGAAAUCGAAGAGUGGAACGAAUAUGGCGAGCUGAAGCAGCACGUCAAGAUUUACUACGACGAAAGCACCAUCCCCGACAUCGAGCACAAAUAUCCAGAGCCGGUCAAGAAGAAGAAGACGGUCAAGAAGUCUGCUGUCGCCAAGGCUGCGGCGGCGGCGGCCACUGAAGCAAAGGCUGCUGCCGAUGCACCUGCCGCUGCCGCUGCGCCUCCGCCUCCCCCUGGACCCGUUCCCGAGCCCAAGGUUGGUUCAAUGCCGAGAGCCAGCGUUGAGUCUGUGCGAUCGGUCGCCGAUGAAGCUGCGGCAAAGGCUAAGGAGCUUCGCCUGAACGCUCUUCGGGAAAAGGUGCACGGGAAGAAGACGGAGGAGCCGAAAGACGAGACAAAGGAGGAGAAGACAGAAGCGAGCGAAGAGACCAAGGAGCCAGCAGAGGAACCGGCCAAGGUAGAGGAGACUAAAGAACCAGAGGCUGAGAAGAUUGUGGAACCAGCCAAGGUUGAAGAGCCCGCGGUUGAAGAGCCCACGGUUGAAGAGACCAAGGCAGAGGAGACCAAGGCAGAGGAGACCAAAGUCGAAGAGCCCAAGGUUGAAGAGCCCAAGGUUGAAGAGCCCAAGGUUGAAGAGCCCAAGGUCGAAGAGCCCAAGGUCGAAGAGCCCAAGGUUGAAGAGCCCAAGGUCGAAGAGACCAAGGUAGAGGAAACCAAGGUUCAAGAGGUUCCCGCCAAGGUAGAGGAAACCAAGGCAGAGAAGACCAGUGAACCAGAGGUUGAGAAGAAAGAAGAAGCUGAAAAGGAGAUUGAGCAAGCCAAAGAAGAGGCCCCUAGCAAAGACGAAGCUGAAGUCAAAGAAGAUAAGACUGAGAAGCCCGAAGUUGAGGAGAAGAAGGCUGAAGAGAAGGUUGACGAAGAAAAGACCAAGGAAG